AUCAAUAAGGUAAGAACAAACUCCACCGCUUCAGCCCUCCGUGCGGAAAAGCGGAGAGAAGCGUACGAAAGGGAGAAGGAGAAGAGGGAAAUGCAGGAGUGCACCUUUCGGCCGCAGUCGCGCACAACUGCUAAAGGUGUGAGAACAUCAUCAGUGGGACGAGCAGGAGCCGUGUCGUCUUCUCGACCCGUAGUGCGAGAGCCACCUGCUAGUGCAGCUGGUGCAGCGGUAGGACAGAAAACCGAAAAAUCAUCUCCGAUUUCUUCUACUUCCGGUUCUUUCGUCUCCGCAUCAGCCACGACCCCCGCAGCCGCGCCAUCUAGAACAAAUAUGAAACAAGUUCAGCUUGCCCCCUCCGCGUCUGUGAAAUUAAUUUCCGUGCCCGGCUUAUGGAAGUGUCAAAAUCGAAACUCGCAAAAUCGAAAAAAUUGUAUAUGCAUCAAAUGUAGUGGGGCACGUAUGGCCUGUGUAGUUGGGGUGCUUGCAGGCAAAUGAGACCGAUUGCAGGCCUGUUUAGGGGAAGGCGAUGCGCUGCCAGAGUAGCAUGACAGGAGCAGUCUUCCUUGCCCAAACAGCAUGACAGGUUGGAUUUUGUUGCUUCCGAAAUUUGUCAUGCCCCACUUGGAAACUGAGGCUCCAACUGGUAUCGAGUUUAUGCAUCACAAAAAAUUAUUAAUUUCGAUUUUGUUGAUUUCGAUUCUGACGCUUCCAUACGGCUUUGAGAAAUCCGCCAUUCGGAUGCGGCUCGGGCGGCUGCAAACGGAGUAUGAAGAGAAGAAACGGCAGCUCUUGUGCGGAAUAUCCACUGCAAAUCAAGUAUCGUACUAAUAUAAAUCGCAUGACAAAUUUCCACAGCAUGAGAAAUGAAAUUUGUAAUGCGGAUUUAACUUAACUACAGAAGAACUUGUAGUGCAUAAAAAAUGCGAUUAGUACGAGUACGAACUUUUGCAGUGCAUACGGAAAUCUGAACGCCAAAAUCACGUCUAGUUUUUCAUCAUCCGCCCAAACCCUCGACCGUGCGAGCUGGCGGGACAGACGGCUGGUAUCCUGUGCAAAAGUAUCGUACUCGUAUAAAUGCAAGUCUUGCAUUACAAAUCUUGUUCCCAAGGCAAAUCCGCACUACAAAUUUUAUUUCUCAUGCUGAGGAAAUGCAUUUAUACGAGUGCGAUACUUGUACUUCUGCAAUUCAUAGCUGGCGCCGCCCGACCACGCGACCGCGAUCCGGGACAUUGUCCUGCGGGCGGUGGAGGAGAAG